GUGCACUUCUGUAUCUUGAAUCUCAACGAACCAUUUGGAAAAAGAGCAUCUUCAACAAGAGAUUAUUACUCCUAUCAUUCCACUUUACCAUAGAGGCCCCACAAUGCCAGACAGAAACAUCUACAAAGACCUGAAAGAGAAGAAGGUUCUUGGAACCCAGAUUCCCGUCUACAAGUCCGGCGAACUGGAAUACGAAGUUUCGGUCGAUGUCGCCAACCUCCUUUACCGCUUCAGCCGCCCCACGUGUGUCGUGAAGCCCGAGCAACCAGUGCACGUAGAAGAGGUGGUCAAAUAUGCUUAUAAGCACAAAACACCCGUCACCGUCAAGAAUGGCGGGCAUUCAUAUGCAGGACUCUCCACUACCAAUGAUGGCAUUCUUAUGGAUCUCUCCCGGAUGAAUGAUGUUGAUCUCCAGCAUGACUCUGGCACUCCAACCAUCACCAUGCAGGGUGGGGCGCUGUGGGCUCACGCGUAUCGGCAGUUGGUGAUCGAAAAGGUCAAUGGAUGGGUGGUCAAUGGUGGACGGUGUCCGACAGUCGGAUUUGGAAUGGGAUGUGAUAGCCUACUGGAGGCUACCCUGGUUACCGGAACAGGGGAGCUGAUAACCGUGACUAAGGACAAGAAGAGCGAUCAGGAGUCCGAAGAAGAGAAGCUGUUCUGGGCUCUCUGUGGAGCUGGUGCGAAUAAUUUUGGUGUCGUGAUCCAGAUGAAGAUGUCUCUCCACGAAUUAGACAGCCCCAAGGUGGUGGCCGGGAGAUACACCUGGUAUCCCUCAGCCGAAGAGAAAGCUGACGAGGUCAAGGAGGUAAUGAAAAGCUUUUAUGCAGCCGAUUGGAGUGAUAGCAUGACUAUCGACACCAGCUGGUUCUGUGAUCUGAAGGAUGGGAAGGGUGAUCUUGGUGUUCGGUUUCUGACCUAUUACGAUGGGAAGAAGGAGGCAUUCCGAGACGAAAUCAAUAGACAUCUUCAUGGAGAUGCUGAAAGUACCGCUUUGACAGUUAGUCAAAACAAGAUCCAAAAAAUGAAGAACUGCCUGGCAGAAAGUCUCAAGCGUCGAGCAAUUGCCGAAGAUUCAUCACGUUUUCUGCACGAGACUCUGGUAUCCCAGUGGUCCGAGGAGACCAGGAAAGCGAUCCCCUCUAACAAGGCGUAUUCAAUCUACGCAUCCUUCGUUUUCGAAACAGGAAGUAAUUAUGCAAAGAUCAUUGAGUCUAUCAACAAACAUAUGGCUGCUUUCAGGCAUAAAUUCCAUGGAGAAUCAGCUUUGUUGCAAGUGACGUUUAUCCAUACCGGACAGGAAGCCAGCCGGAUCGGGAAAGAAAAUAAAACAGCUUUCCCUUGGCGCGACGCCACGCGUAUCGCAUACAUAAUGCUUCAAUGGGACGAGAAAUGGCUUCGGGACGAGAUGGAGGAGGUCUGUAAGAACUUCAAAACGGACCUGAUGACGUACUCAAUUGAAGGCAAGGCCGGUUUCCUGAAUUUCCCGGACCGGGACCUCUGUGUCACAGAUAGUCAUCGUGAGGCAUAUUAUGGCGACAACCGUGAUAAAGUCCGUCGGAUCAAAGAAAAGUGGGAUCCCAGUGGGAUUUUUCAGUUUGCCCCGAAAAAUGAGAGAGAUGAUUCGAUCGCCGCAGAUCUUGUGCCUGUCCUGCAAACAAUCCUAACGACGGCGGAAAUUGUCCAAGCUACGAUUCCCCAUCUUGACCCUUUAUUCAGGGCAUUCAGUGAAUUGGGUGCCGGAAUCCUGUCAUGA